UUUCCCGUACUGCGGUUUAAAACAGACACCACAUCUUGAUCUUCACAUGUACGAGCAGUUUCGUUAGCAGCAAAACGUGCAAAAAAGUCGGCCACAACAUGAUAUCAGUACAUAAUUUGAAGAAAACAUUGGCUUCCUAUAGCACCAAUUUAAUCUAUUUUCACAUUCUAUCAACAAUCACAGCAUCACUUCCACCCUCUCCAGACAGCAGCAUCAUUUCACAAGAUCAAAAUAUUCAGAUCGUUCACUUAGCAAUACAAUCUACCGAUACUAUGAUAACCAAUAGCACGUUCAUGCCACUUAGUAGAUCCUAUUACGAAAUGACAAAAAGGGGCCCAUUCGUCGACAAAAGUUUACUCCUGGAAAAAAUUUUCGAUCCUUCGACACCCAAUUACAUAUUCCUCACAGCCCCACGUAAUUGGGGUAAGUCAAAAAAUCUCAACAUGAUAUCAAUGUUCGCCAACAUGGGUAUUCAUCCAAAUGGCACCAUGCGUGAUUUCAAAACUAUCCGCUCUUAUCACAUCUUCAACAACGGGGAAUACCCUGAUGCAGCUUACAGGAAUAAUGACACUUACGAGAAGUAUUCUAGCAAACUACUGAUAUCGAAAAAAAGCAACGUAAUCAAUGAGCAUUUAGGGCGAUACUGCGUUAUACAGUUGGACUUUCGUAUCAGCAUUUCAGACAUAUCGGAAAAUAAUACAGACGCCAGUUUCGAGAAAUUUUUCCAAACGAUGGCGAAAAAUUUAACGCUUUUAUUUUUAAAUCAUCGGUACGUCAAGUACGUAUUGGAGCCCAGAGUUGCCCAAGAUGCCAACAUUGCAACUAUUUUAAACGAGUUUGAUAUAAUGUCUCAAAUAACUGUAAAGGAAAAAAUCACCGAGUCGUUGGCUGUACGAAGUAUGCAAAUUUUAUACCAAUGUAUUCGACUGUGUUUCCCCGAUCGAAAAAUCCUCGUACUCGUCGAUCACUAUGAUUCUUUAUUCGAGAACAUUUAUUUCACCCCGGGAUUCCAUUAUGAUUCCGAAGACGUCUCCAAGAUCACGUCCUUCGUACUCAAUUUCUUGAAGGAAACUUGUCGAAAACCAGAAUCGAUCCCAGGAUACGAGAUGGAUAACCAGUUGAAAAUCAUAAUGACAGGAGUUACUCGCAUAUCUGGAUUUGGUUUCAUUCCAAACGUGAAUGAUUCGAUCGAAUGGAGUAUGAGCAGUUCGGGAAUUUACCCUUACUACGGAUUUACAUCGAAUGAAGUCGAACAAUUGGCAACUCUACGAGAACUAGACCUUAGCAUGAAAUCCAUACUCAUGAAUACAUGCGAUGGCUAUAGAGAUGUCGGUUUCCCAACUGAGCAUAUUUUCAAUCCUGUAUCUGUGAUCAAAUUUUUAAACCACAAGGGUCCGGUAAGCUUUUGGUCAGAACACGAUGGUAAUGCGUACAGAAAAGUAAAGAUAGAGUGGGCAAAGAACUUGGACAAGUUGGUGAGCGACGAACGUGGUACUCUCAAAAAAAUAUUACUUCAGUUGUCAAAGAACUUAGAGAUGAUGUAUUUAUUCGGGUCAUUAUUAAUCGGUAAAUCGGUUGAGAUUUCAGUCUCAUCGACUCGAGGAAUACCCAUCAGCGAAAUGAACAACACAGCUGCUGCAUUAUGUGGAGAUUUCGCCAAAGAAGUGCCAAAAGAUUUCGCUAUCGUACUCGACGACCCAAGCAUUAAUCACAUCAUUAGCUUCCUACUAUCAUUCGGAUAUCUAACUCCAGCCACUAAACAACUAGCAAAUGCGAGCUCUCUCAGUAUUAAACUCCCUGGUAAAGAAAUCAAGGACGUUUUUGUAAAAUCAUUCGUAGAAUACGAACCCUCCGCAAGUUGUUUUCGUGGCCUUCAAAAUGUGAUAAACGAUGCAACGCUGGCUUUCACCAAUUACUUCAAAAGUGACAACGACAGUUCAGACGAACAGCUCAGUACGAUGAUCACUGAUAUGUUCAACGAAACUGGCUCAUUGAGAAGACUCAAAACAGCGAUCGAAAGCUAUAAAAAUCAAAAACCAGACGGCCAAUAUGUUAAUCACCUGUUCAAUGAUGUCAAAGAAGCAGCAGCUCGAGGAAUAAUAGCUCAAGUAUUGGUAAAAUUACAGUACGACAAUGUUUUGAAUGUACCCAUGGAACAGCAGUUCGCCGCUGAUGAGACAGGGACCCGAGAAUUUGAUUUCAAAAUUUUCAUGUUGGGGUACGACGAAGAAGGACGUGUACUUAUCGUAAAACAUAAGCAUGUCGAACAGGACUUGGUGGAAGAUGUGGAAGAAUAUAGCUUACAGCAAGCAGUAAAAGAUUACGCCCAUCUGAUACCGAAACUGAUUUCUUCCCCGCUUAAAUAUUGUAAAAUUGUAACUUUGAACACAUUUGACAUAGACAAUCCUAAAAUCCAUUUUCAAAUGAUCAAUGCAAGCGAUUUGAACACGGUUGUCGAAAAAUAAGAAAAGGACUGCAGGUUCCACAGAGUUUUUGUUAUGUCCCUCCCUGGUAUCAUGAGGUAGGUAGAGGUACAGCAUUUACAGCAAGUUCCAUGAUUGAAUAAAUUAUACAUAUAUUUUCUAUUUUUUCAA